AUGGAAUUUCUGCCGGAUGACUUGGCAUCGGCGGUGAGAAAGUCGUGGUCGGAUCCAGCAGUUACCGAGGGGCUGGAUUCUCCUAUCGGAACCCCACGUGGAACGCCCAGAAGCUCGGAAGGACGUGGAUCGAUGUCCCUGGAUUCAGGCUCACCGGUGGACUAUCAGCUUUUGAACCACCACUAUGCGAGCUCCGACGUGAACAGAAAAACUAGCGUUCAAGAAGAGAUUUCAGAAGUCAUAGGCAGUAUGGAUCCGUCAACUUAUCCUCCUGUUCCUCAAACCACGCGCAGAAAAUCUAUAGAAGAAGUCUCGAAAAUACGCCAGUGGUUAAACCCUCGCAGCUCAUUUUCGGGAGUUUCCAGCGAAGAACCUCUUUUGUAUACUGAUAAUAUGUCCCAGAAAUGCUGGGUUACUGUUGUGGAAACAGAAGACGACUACUGGCCAAUUUUGGUUUUACAGCACUCUUUGAUUAGUAGCGGAUCACGCUACAGACUGCUGGUACUCUAUACUGAAGAGAACAAGACCGUUGCGACGCAUUUGGCACACCACAGCAUCGAAACAUGGAAGGCGACGGAUAUCGCGCCCAUUCUGGUGUCGUCAUCUUCAGCGAUGCCAGCAGCGGUGGUCUCUGACCUGCCGCCGUCUUCAAGAUGGUGCAAGCUACUGCCUUUUGUUUCGCUAGCAAAUACCUUCGAUCUGGUUUGCUACCUCUCGCCACGUUCAUUUGUGUUGUCUAAUAUUGAUGAACUGCUUGACUCUGAAGUGGUAUCUUCUGAGAUCGACAACGAAACAUGCGUGCUGCUGACAAACUCGAUGCAAGAUUCUCCCACUGUCAUGGUUAUCCGUCCCAACAGAGAAAUCGAUGCCUGCAUUCGCGAAUACAUGACGGUUUACACAGAUGCAGAAAACAACGGAAAGUGGUCCAAGCUGCGAGGCUCAAACGAUGCUACUGUACUAAGAGAGUUAUUUCACGAAUCCUGGGGGAUCGUGGCCUCUGAAUACUGUCACACGGGACUUGACAGCGUGCCGGCACAUGCCAAACUCGUGGAAUGCAGCACAACACAACCAUGGAAGGCUACGGACAACAUCAGCACACUAUGGCAGCGUGCAUACAGUCAAGUCAACCCAUAG